CCAUGGCUGCCCCUCAGUUUUAAAGCCGGCGGGCAGCGGGGCGGGCGGUGCCACAAUGGGGCGGGCGAUCGGCACCCCGGGCUGCUGCUGCCUGGCCCUGCUCCUGCUGCUGCUGCUGCCGCCGGCUGCCCGGCCGGGACCCCCGCACCCCCGGCAGCUGCUCCGCGGGAGCCCCUCCGCAGAUGUUGCCUGCAAGAACCAUCCUCUAGACCUUGUCUUCAUCAUAGACAGUUCCCGUAGUGUCCGACCUGAAGAGUUUGAGAAAGUGAAAAUCUUUUUGUCAGAAAUGAUUGAUACUCUGGAUGUUGGUGAAAGAACAACUCGUGUGGCAGUCAUGAAUUAUGCCAGCACUGUCAAGAUAGAGUUUCCUCUUCAGACCUACUUUGAUAAAGCAUCCAUGAAGGAGGCCAUAUCUCACAUUGAGCCCUUGUCUGCUGGGACAAUGACUGGCCUUGCCAUCCAGACUGCCAUGGAUGAAGUCUUCACUGAGGAAAUGGGCACCCGGCCGGCGACCUUCAACAUCCCCAAGGUGGUCAUUGUUGUGACAGAUGGACGACCUCAAGACCAGGUUCAAGAUGUGGCAGCAAGUGCCCAGACAGCUGGCAUUGAGAUCUAUGCAGUUGGGGUGGAUCGAGCAGACAUGCAGUCCCUCAGGGUUAUGGCCAGUGAGCCACUGGAUGAACACGUCUUCUAUGUGGAGACCUAUGGUGUGAUUGAAAAGCUGACAUCCAAAUUCAGAGACACUUUCUGUGCUGUGAACGUGUGUGCACUUGGGAGCCACGACUGCCAGCAGGUCUGUGUGAGCAGCAGUGGAUCCUACCUCUGUGAUUGCUAUGAAGGCUACACUCUUAAUCCUGAUAAGAGAACCUGCUCAGCUGUGGACAUGUGUGCACCUGGCAGGCAUGAGUGUGACCAGGUCUGUGUGAGUAACAACAGAUCCUAUGUCUGUGAAUGCUAUGAAGGCUACACGCUGAAUCCAGACAAGAAAACUUGCUCAGCCAAGGACACCUGUGCCCCUGGAAGGCACGACUGUGCCCAGGUCUGUCUGAGUAAUGAUGGAUCCUACAGCUGUGGCUGCUUUGAAGGAUACACUCUGAAUCCAGAUAAGAAGACUUGCUCAGGAGCCAUAACAAGCAGUCUUAUAACAAAUGAAGAAUCCUGCAAGUGUGAAGCCAUAGCUGCCCUGCAGGACUCGGUCACCUCACGCCUUGAAGCUCUGUCCACAAAAUUAGAUGAGGUGUCCGAGAAGUUGCAGGCAUAUGAAGGCAGACAGAAUGUUGUCUGAGCUAUCACUCUGCUUAAUUCUAAAAUAAUCUUUCAGAAGAAAUCCUUCUUAUUGUGCUCAGCAGGCUUUGUUUUUGUACACAGCUUACAAAACAGCAGUUGGCUUCUUACCAUGGACAAAUGUCAUGAAGACUUCAGGAAGACAACAGGCUUGAAAAUAUGGUGACCCAAGGAUCUCCUUGCACAGUCAUUUUAUAACCAAACUCCCUGUGCCUGCUGUGCUUCAGUUUGUGUUACAAAUAAUCCGGCAGGGACUGCUUCUCUGCAGUAAUUGCAUUUUUAUACUCAAAAGUAAAUUA